AUGAAUUUCGAAUUUCGAGCCAAACCAGGACGGAAGAAAACACGAAAAGAUGAUGUCAAAUGUCUUGUUUGUGAAGGUAAAGCUAUCGGAUUCAAUUUUGGCGUUCCAACAUGUUCACCUUGCAAGGUGUUUUUCCGACGAAAUGCUGUCAAACUUGGUACUUAUGAAUUCCGGUGUCGAGGUGAUGGUCAUUGUUCAAUAACCCAUGAUACACGUCGACAAUGCAACUGUUGUCGUUUAGCAAAAUGCUUUCGAGCUGGUAUGAAUGCAAAAAUCAUUCGUACUGAUGAUCAACAACUAGAAAGAACUCGAUCAAUUGAAAGUAAUCAACAUAAACAAGAAGAAGAAAAUAAUGGAAACAAACAAGAAUUGCAAAUUAUUAGUAAACAGGAAUUGAUUCGGUCUAGCGAAUCGUUCAUGCAUUUUUGUCCAUAUUCUCCAAUUUUAUCAUCCAAUGAUAAUAUCAUUCUUACCAAUAUAUUUCAUACAUAUGAACGAACAUGUAAAUUAUUUACCUAUGAAGAACAUUUAAGCAUGCCCGUUAAUGAAACAUUAACGUUACCAAAAUUUAUGAAUGCUUCUGCAAAUAUUUAUAUGGCUUUGAUUUAUUAUCUCAAAUCUAUACCAGACUUCAAUUCUUUACCUGUAAAUUCUAAAAUGUCGUUGAUUAAAAGUAAUCUGAAUCAAAUAGUUCGUUUGCAUAGUUCAUAUAUUAUGAAAACUGUUACUCCUGAUCUCAACAAAGAUUCACCUGUGUUUUUGCAUAUAUUCCCUGAAGAUUUAUACAUAGAUAUCCGUGCAAAUGGUAUAGCCGUUUUUCCUUUCGUUCAUGACCCUAUUUUAAUUAGAUUAUUUAUUGUUGUUCUCAUGUUGUCCACCCAUAUGAAUGUUCGAUAUGAAAAAAAUGUUAUUGAGCAUUGUAAUGAGAGCUCGAAUCGAAAUAUUUUAAUUGUUCAAAAUGUUUAUGUUGAAUUAUUAUGGCGUUAUAUUUGUUCGCGUUGUUCUAAUUAUCAAAACGGUGUAAAAUUGUUCAGUUCGUUUAUUGCUACUACAUUAUGUUCUCAAAUAGUUGAAGUAAAAAUUGAUAAAUUUAUACGUACAACUUUACCCAGCCAAAAUCAUCAAUUAGAACCCAUCAUGAAAUCAAUGUGGGCGCCAGAAAAAUAG